CCAACAUGCCGGCCUGCCAAGCUUGCACGAGCCGCCCACUCACCAACCCCAUCAUGGCCUGUCCCAACAUUAUGCCCAAGCCCAUCAUCCUCUUCCGAUCCUCACAGAUCCGGGCCACAUGGGCGGACAUCCUGGCGCACGACACAUGGGUCAUUCCGGACCACCUCACUUUGGCGGACCGGGCCCUUCGCCACACACUGUAGUUGCGCCGCUUUACCCGCCUUUGACGCAUAACCACGGACAUGGCGGUGGGUUGAAACGACAACGGCCCGAAGAUCUCGAUCUCACAAUGCCUGGAAUCCCGAACCUUGAGCAAAAUGACCUGGACUCCAUGCAACAUACAUCGUUGGGAGCAGCCUACGCACAAGCAGCAGCGGCCCCGCCUCAGCAUCAUCAUCACCGCCUACCAGACACCGGCCCCCCAAACAAGCUUUUAAGACGGGAAGGGGAAGGUAGCGGCGGUGGUGGAGCUCCCAGUGUAGUUGGACAAGCAGGAAUGCCACCUCCAGCCCCGAGACCAAGAGGCCCCAAGCUCAAGUUUACGCCAGAGGACGACCAGCUGUUGAUCGACCUGAAGGAAAACAAGAGCUUAACCUGGAAGCAGAUUGCCGACUUUUUCCCUGGGCGAUCUUCAGGAACUCUUCAGGUGCGAUACUGUACAAAGUUGAAGGCGAAAACAACACAAUGGACGGAUGAAACGGACCAAAAGCUCAAGACGGCGCUGCAAGACUACGAAAACGAGAAGUGGAGGAUUAUUGCCAACAAAGUUGGGACAGGAUUCACCCCAGUAGCAUGUCGUGAGAGAGCGGCGGAGUUGAUGGGAGAGGACUUAUAG